AGCGGCAAGGGCUUUUGGAGAAUAUCUUUCACAAAACCAUCCUGAAGGCAGAAACGGCUCAGCCGUCAGCGAAAACACUGAGUGCAUAAGGACAAGAGGGCACCUGUGAGCUUCCCCAAGCCAAAUAGCAAUGGGUAGUGGUGGCAGGAGCAAAACAUGUUUGCUGAGGCUGCUGUGCCACAUGCAGAGACUGUACUGAAGCAACCGCUUGUCUUUGCACCCUGGGCUUCUGCCGCUUCAGAAGAGGGGGGAUGUGUGUGGAGGGCAGCAGCCAUGCAACAGAGGAGAUUCCUGACACUGCCAGGAACUGACAUGGGGCUUGAGAAACUCCAGCCUGACUGAGACUUUGCAGGUGCUUCAGUCCAAGCAAGUGACCCAUGAACUGUGUUUUUUAUGAAGCCAUUAAGUAAGGCUGCAGCUAUACAGUGCUUUAAGAGGGACCUUCAAUUUGCUGGUGUUCAGACUAUGGAGCUGCCAGUGGAGCCUGAUUCAGGAUCACCUGUUAGCAGACUCCUACAUCGGACAGGAGGACUCCCCUGAGAUGCAGCAGGCAGCACAGAACAAGCGCAGGCUCUCCGUCAUCUCAGACGGCAAGUUUGAGAGGAGCUUCUCUGAGGAGCAGGCAGAGAAGAUGCCAAGCGAGGGACCGAAGCCACGAGUCUACACGAUCUCCGGCGAGAGGCCGAUGCUGUCGGACCAUGAGAAUGAAAGUAUGGAACUGGUGGUGAUGAAGGGGGCUGCCCAAGAGGAAUGCCACCAUGGCCACCAAGUGCACAGUGCUGGCGGCUCUCAUGGUGUUAGCAGGCAUUGCAAGGGCUGGCCAGGCAGCCGGCAGGGCUCCAAGGAGUGCCCAAACUGCACCCGGCUGGCUGCCCCUUCCCAGCAUUCCUUUGACCUGGAGCAGCAGCAAUCCAGUGAGACUGGGUGGCACAGAAAAAGGCUGGAGAGGAUGUAUAGUGUUGAUCGAGUGUCUGAUGAUGUCCCCAUACGAACCUGGUUCCCAAAAGAGAACCUCUUCAGUUUUCAAACUGCUACUACAACUAUGCAAGCCAUCUCGGCAUUCAGGGGCUACGCAGAGAGGAAGAGACGGAAACGAGAGAAUGAUUCUGCAGCUGUUAUACAGAGGAAUUUUCGGAAGCACCUCCGCAUGGUGGGGAGCCGAAGGGUUAAAGCACAAACAUUUGCCGAACGGCGUGAGAGGAGCUUCAGCAGGUCCUGGAGUGACCCGACUCCCAUCAAAGCUGAUUCCUUCCAUGACUCUCGAGAAAGCCAUGACCUUCAGGAUUCCUGUGGCGCUUUGGAUGGUGACUUUGACUUGAACUGGGAAGCAGAAAAGGAACUUGAAGCCAUGGCAUGUGACGGAGAAGACUUUAUUCCACCAAAAAUAAUGCUCAUUUCUUCCAAGGUGCCCAAAGCAGAGUAUGUCCCGACAAUUAUCCGCAGGGACGAUCCCUCUAUCAUCCCCAUUCUCUAUGACCAUGAACAUGCCACCUUUGAUGACAUCCUAGAAGAAAUAGAGAAGAAGCUUAACAUUUAUCGGAAAGGCUGCAAAAUCUGGAAGAUGCUGAUAUUUUGCCAGGGAGGUCCUGGUCACUUGUACUUGUUAAAGAACAAAGUUGCCACUUUCGCCAAAGUGGAGAAGGAGGAAGAUAUGAUCCUCUUCUGGAAGAGGUUGAGCCGGCUGAUGAGUAAAGUCAAUCCUGAACCAAAUAUCAUUCACAUCAUGGGCUGCUAUGUUCUUGGAAACCCCAAUGGGGAGAAGCUAUUUCAGAAUCUGAAAAACUUAAUGAAUCCUUAUAGGGUUGCCUUUGAGUCUCCACUUGAACUAUCAGCUCAAGGUAAGCAAAUGAUUGAGACUUACUUUGACUUCCGCCUUUACCGCCUCUGGAAGACCCGCCAGCACUCUAAACUAUUGGAUUACGAUGAUAUUUUAUGAGCUGGAGAAGACUUUGCAAGAGGAAUUUGAUUAUUACCAGUGUCCAAGAAGUCAUGCUUACUGCAGAGAGACUUUUUUAUUGGCACAGGGAGCCCUUCACAGCCCUAUAGGAGGCAGCAGUGCUAAAGGGAGGGAAGAAGGAGCCCUCGGAAGAGUGUCGGGAGGAAAGUCUUCUGGGUCAAGAGAGACGAGGGAAAGGGUUUGACACCUCACUCACCUCAGGUCAGAGCCAUGGUGUCUCAGGAGGAGCUGUGUGAAACAAGGACAGGAUGGAGUUCCUUGCAGAACUGAGCUGUUUUGGGUCAGAAUGGGCCAGAUUUGAUUCCAGGUCCUUUUAAAGACUUUUGAAGCUCAGGUUUUCUUAACAAAAAAUAAAAUCAAUUACCCAUGCACUACAAUGAAGAAGUGACCAGAGCACAGAGGAAGGAGGGGUUUGUACUGAUGGGACCUUCUGUGCUGGGGAUCUUGGAGAGCAAGGACUGCUACACCAACUCCUGCAAGCUUAGGUCAGACGAUCCAGUUUCGAUGUGAAUAUAUACUGGAAUAUAGAAUUGAAAUCUAACUUUUUGUUUUGUUUUGUUUAAUAGCAAAUAAGUGCAAUUUUUAUAGUGAGAGGGGUAAAAUCCCUCCCAAUAUUUAAUUAGUUAAAAAUAACACACCAGUAACCAAUAGAUGAGGUAUUUUUGGUCUGCUUGAAAAUAUAUUCAAAAUGGUAAUAUAUCUUCUGUAGACAUAUUUAAUCACCAGCAAACAUGGUUUUAACAUAACUUAGCAGACCCUGCAUGUCUGCUGCAUUGAUUAAUCCGGUUUGGUUCGUUACUUUCAGAGUAGCUGUGUUGCACUAAUUGUAUGUGCUCUCACGAAUGUAUAUUUCUCCUCCAAUUAGACACAACUUUGUUACUUUCUAUUUUGCUGCUUGCAAAACUAUGGGACUUUAGUUUUGCUGAAAUACUUUAGGUUAGAAAUAUGGCACCUGGCUGAGAAAUCUCUGUCAGGUUCACUAUGGUAUAAAAAUGAAUUAGAAAUUAAUAGCCAUGGUAAUUACUUGUUCAUGCCAGUGUUUUGCUAUGUGUUGAGAGACGAGUUCUCUUUCUAGUCUGCUGUGUGGGGCAGCGCAGUUACAUGACCAUCAGAAACCCUCCAAGGAGACUGUUCACUGAGGCAUUUGGAAGAAAUGCUUCUGGAGGAGUACAGCACGGGUUUGUAGCAUGAGUUUGAAUCUUCCCUAUGCUCACUUGUUUGCCAGUUGUUUGUGCAUAAACCACUUCUUUUCCAAUGCUAAAAAGACCUGUUUAUCAGUCUGAGCUGCUCACAUCCCUUCCUGUGUAGGACAGAGUAAACCCAGAGCUUUGUCAGAGCAGCCAUGGUUUAAGAACCCAGAUUUGUACUUGAUAUUUGAGGUUAUUUUGGAAUAUACUUACUUUUUGUUUGUUUAGGUCGGGGGGUUGCUUUUGUUUUGGGAAGGUUUUUUUUCAUCUUAUACUUUCCUGUUCAGAGAAUAAAUACUACUUACAGUCUGCCUAGGUCACUCUGACAAUUCUGGGAGAUGAUACAAGUUAUUUCUUUUAUAAGUAAAACAUACUGGAGAAGUAACAGGGAAGGAUUACCUUAGUUGCCAGAUUUCCUGGUAUCUAAAAUUAAUUGAUUGUGAAGUGAAGGAAAAUAUAUGUACAAAUCUUCUUUUAAAUACUUACAAAAAGAACUAGUUGUUCUGAUGUGUAGAGUACUCCUUCCCCCGUGACAUAUUUGUGGUUGUAAUUUUGGGGAGCAGGCCUCUGGCUAGAACUGCUGAACCCUGUACAUUUAUAGCAGUUUUAUAGCAAAACUUUUGAAGAAAUAAUGUACAUAUAGAAAGUAAGGAGAGGAAUCAGUGGAGAGAGAUGGUUUAAAGUAAUUGAAAGCAACAUAUUGAACCAAAUAGGUGUGGGCUGUUGGGAAGCUGCCCUGCUGAGCUGGCCUGACCUCGGGAGGUUUGGUGGCUACAUCUCAUCCCUGGCUGGACUCCUAUCCUCUUGACUUGGUCAUGUUUUCCAGGCUUGUAGCGAAGGGGAUAGUAGGCACCGGUCUGUAGCUUUUGCAAGAAAAUACCAGAUAUAAAAAGGAAAACAAAACUUAUGCCAAUUAUCUAUUAUUUAGCAUGGUAGCUUCUGCCAGCUGUGCUUGUGAGAGGUUGGAGCUGUAGGUGCGAUGAAAGCACAAAGUCAUGUGUUAUUUGGAGAAGGAAAUGGUAGUGGCAGGAUUCAAAUGCUGACAGAAAACUCUCUCCCUUUCUGACCCUUUUACCUCCUAUGGUUAUGCUCUUAACUGGAGACAGACAAACUGUUCUUCCUUUCUCUUUUCUAAAGUAAAAUCCCAAUUCAGUGAACUUGGUAGCAUGAAUGUAGCAUUGUGGAACUAUUGAAAAUCUUACUUAACUCCGAAAGGGCCCACUUAUGUAUCCACUUCAGUGAUUUCUCUGUAGAACUACUGUAUAUCUAUCCUCAUUGACCACUUGUAGAACUAGGGGUGCAAAGUAGAAAGGUAGAUUGUACAGUUGCGUAACUUCUAUAGGAAGAUGUAUGUUUGAGUGAACACUAUGGACUGUUUUACUGGUGCAGUUGACUAUAGUAUAGUAUAAUGACAAACAAUGAAUGCAUUUCUCUCUUUUCCAAAGAUCUAUAUUCCUCAUGGUUUGUGAUGUUUAUGACAUGAGCAUAUUAUUUCCUUUGUAGCGUUCAUUUGACUAAAGAGAUGAAAUACUCUAAAAGCUGUGACUGGAAAAACAAUAGAGUUUUGAUGUUUAAAGUCCUUUGUGCAAAUAGCGUCAUUGAAGUUAACCAUUUCUGAAAGAGGAAAACAAAUUUCUUCCCCUUUAUAACUGGUUGAAUUUUUCAAGUGGCUGCUGGGAGAGGAAGGGAUCAGCAGAGGAUAGGAUGCAAAAAAAAAAAAAUUUGUAAUUAUUUAAACUUUAGAGUUAAAAAUAGAGCUUGUGACUUUCUCAGUUGGACCAGCCUAUAAAGGAUGCCCUCUGGGCGCGCGCUCGCCGCCAGCGUGCAGCAUGCUCACAGGCAGGACGUCCCCUCUGCGAGGUUCCUCGCACCCCGAGCACCUCUGCAGCAUCUGCUCCGGGGCGUGUUGAGGACAGGCCUGGGCAGUGCCUGCGGGGCACGGCUCGCCUGCAGGGCGCUCUGCCUGGGGGAGCUGUGGCUGCUCAGCUCACAGGACAAUUUGUCAUUUCACUUCUAUCUGCUUCUUCAGCCGUCAACUACCUGCUGCUCUUGGGGUGUGUCUGUCUGAAGCCCUGAAACCAGUUUGUUCACCCACGGUCUGUAAUUGUUGUCUGAAUUGGCUUGGUGGAACUCACCUCUCAUAAGGGUAAUUGGAGUGAGCAGUUUACGGUGCAGUUGAGCUCCUGUCCCUGCCUGCUCCGUUAGAGGAUCAGCAGCCCUUUCGCACUGUUAUACUCAGCCCCACCAUGGGAAACUGCUACUGCAGCUCCUGUGUGGUCUGGAUUUGCUUUUAGCAAGGGCAGGAGAAACAGGGACACCUGGUUAACCCUGGAGGGAGGCAGAUUAAACUGGGAUAGCUGAAUUGGGUGCUAACCCUGGUUGUUCACCCCAGCCAUGCAUGGGAGUUCCUGCUGCUCUUGCUAUGAAGCAGUACUGGAUGUCACCUCCAACCCCUUGCCUGAACUGAUGAACGUCAGCAGAGAGUCUGCUGGUUGUGUUAUGGUCUGGGCUGGGAUUGUCACCUUGAGGAGAGGAGAAAGGUGGGCAGCAAGUACAUCAGCUGUCCAGUCUGCUGCUGCUCAGCAUAGCUCAUGCACUGGAAACAGCCCCUGACCAUAUUAUCUGGUGCCUGCAGAGAAUAUUCACUCAGCUGUAGUGGCUUGGAGGGGGCUGUCUUCUUGGAUGUGGCACUUGUCUUAUACGGGGUUUUCCAGAGAGGCUUUUCUCUUUUCAUCUUGUUUGGCUGGGAAGGAAAGGGAAGAAGAAAAUUCAGAUUAUCCGAGGGAUGUAGAAAUAGGUAGAAAAUCAAGAUACAGCUUUUUGCACCUCUCCUCAUGCUGCAGCCACCAACUUCCCUUUGCAGCUGACCUCCAGGCCUGGGGUGGGAGACGGAUGAGUUAGCAGAUAAUCCCUUCCUGCAUUAAAAAAAAAAACCCAAAACAGAAAAAUCCUUUUAGCUGUAGCAAAACAUCUGACUGCAAAAGGCAACCAGCCAACUCAUCCUGCCCCGCGUGAGGACUCUGCUGUGCACACCCGUGGGAUCCCACCUGCUUCUGCCUCUGAGUGCCUCUGGAGCCACGGCCCAUGGGGGGCUCCACUCUGCCUCUGCGGAGGGGACUCUGGAAAUGAAUUUGUUCUUCGUUUCUCAGCCUGGACUUGUUGCCUGGAGCUCAGCACAUGUUUCCCACUCCAGGAGCUGCUGGAGUAUGCGUGUAUGUGUGUUCAUGUUGUCUCUUCACACACAGGCUCUUUCCUGUGGUCUGGGGGAGAUGCUCCCCCGCGAUUGCUCCUGCUUGUUUUGCCAUGUGCAGUAAAGCAUAAGGCAGCGUUAUCGUUGUCAUCCAUGCUGUGUGAGCGUCUCUUGGGCUCCUGGCACACAUCCGUUUCACAAAUAGCUGCUGCUGUUUUGGGACAUGACUGUGUUGGUGACCUGUGGCUGGGAGUUCCUGUUCCCAAGGCUCUGCUGGCAGUGACUGCAAACACUGCUUCGUCACCUUCGGGCAACAUAAGUGGGGUUAGUUGAAAGAAUGGAAAAUGCUGAUUUUAAAUAGCCAGCCUGGUGGGAUCUGGAAAUGGGAGUGUAUCCUUAAUCCCAGUCCAGACAGGAGGUGGAACGACAGGCUCUCUCUGCUCUCUUGGUGUAAGCGUAUACAUUCAACCCAUCAAAACACAGUUUAAGGGUCACACAUAUAUUAUUAAUGUAUCGGUCCAGGAUAAGGUAUGUUACUGGAUGAUUAAAAAAAAAAAAUCCUUCCAGGGCCCUUGGCAAUUGGCCUGCGUUGCCGGAACCAUGCAUCAGAGGAUGUGCUGGGUUGUGUCAUCCUUCCUCAAGCAAUUGGGCCAGACAGUGAGUACCAGGACACAGAUUUGCAGGUACACAUAAAGCUGAAUUGCUCUGUACUCUGGGUUUUGCCAUGACAAUCCCUGGAGCUGAUGAUAUGGACAGCCCUUCCUUGAAGGAUGCCAGGCAGAUAUCUUCCCAAGGGAUAUCAAGCAGCAAUAUCAUUUUCCACACCAUCUGUAAAAAGGUGUUUGUGGUCCUGUAUAUUGUCCCACUGAUCACAGAGUAUCCAUGGCUUUCUGCAUCUUCCAUGGGAUUGGUUUUUAAUUCUCAGUUGUGGAAACACAAGCCAAAUCAACUGGAAACUGUCUUGAUGGCAAGUCAGCCUGCUAAUAAUAUCGUAUACUUGAGUGAGUAAAGGGGUGGUUUAAUGGCUGUGAACCUGAUUGUGAUCAUUGUUGGUCCCAGGUAACCCUGCUGUGUAAUUGGCAGAAUUAAUAGUAAGAUACCAGAGUUUGCUGUCUCUGCCUAAAAUGCCAGCAUGCAAUCUCUUGCCGAGGUUGCGCGUGAGCUGUCGAAGAGUGAUAGGAACUGGUAGCUGCUUUGAUUCAGAAAUAAAUUCAGCCCAACAUACUGCCAAUCAGUGUGAAAAAGACUGGAAGGAAUAAACGUUGUGGACAUUAAAUGUAAAGAAUCCAUCUGAAGAGAAGCUAAAUUGCAUUUUUCCAUAAAUGUUUAGUAAAUUUUAAAGAGCUAAUACAACCUAAUAAUUUUUCACAUUAUUGUAUUGCUUUUAGAGUAUCCUUAAAAUUGACUUACGUAAGGACAGAUAAGACCCAUCUAGGGUUGUCUUACAUUACGAUAGUGGGGAGCCAGGCUGUAUUUAGUUAAUUGGGCACACCAGUCUGUCUUCCUUUUCUUAGCAUCCAAAUGAAUUGGUGAUUAAUCACAGCAGUAAUGGCCCUAUAAAUCUUUAGCAAGAGGACCCUCUCCACCUGCAUUGCUAAGCCUUGAGCAAAGGGAAUGUAUUCGCAGAGACCCUCAAGCAGCCGAUGGAGCCAAGCUUUCAUCCCCUGUCAUGGGGUGGCCCCUCCUGUGAUUCACCAAGCAGGUACAGCAAUAACCUACAGGCACAGCCUCUGCCCUGCUCCCUGGUGUCCGUGGGGUUUCUGUGUGUUUGAGUGGUGUUUUCCUCCCGUGGUUUUGCAGGGGACAUGUUGAGUUGUACUUGGGGAACAUUUCUUACUUGGGAAGACUGAACUGCAGGGGUGCUGAGGAGACUGCAGCAGCUGGCCAGGGACUGGUCACUGCCAUGGUCACCUUGGCCUCUGGCUCAGGACCAGCACAGAUGCAUGUCAGUGGUAUUCAAAAAGCUUCAGUAGAAAGUGUGGGGUUAUUAGAUUUUUUUUAUUUUUUUUUUUUAAAUUUUUGGGGGGGGGGGGCUAAAACUCAGUUGUAGCAAUAUAGUCCCCACUACAAGGUCCUGUUAACUCAGAGCUGGAGCAGAGCUGGGAAUUCAAGGACAGGUAUCUUUGCCCUUACAUUUGAAAUGCCUUAAAAACAUCACAAAUAAGUACAGUGAAACAAGACCCUUUGAGUAUGGAUCCUGCUCCCCUGCGCUUGCUAUGCCCUCUAUGCUAAAUAAGACACUAUUUUGUUAGGUGUUAAGAUGGGGAUGACUGAAGAAACAGAGUUUGGUGUUCCCCAUCCCAGGAAAUCAGGCUGGAGUCAUACCCGAAUGAGCAAGAAGGGGCUGUAGUUUUUCUGCUGCGUGUUUCCUGUUGUUCUUUCACAACACUAUUCCUGGAACUGGGGUGACUUCAGUUGUGAUACCAAGCAACAGCAAAAACUGAGCUCUCGCAGGGCUAGGAGUCAAUGCGCUUUUGGGAUCUUUACUGUUUCCCCUUGGCAUUCAGGCACCAGUUUUCAUUUCCAGCUCCUUUGCUCAGCUGCAAGCCCUGCCUUUGCUACCGCAGAGCUGCUAGUGAGGGGGGCAUCAUCGGUUUUCUGAAAAGAAAACCAAACAUGUGAGUUAACAAGUGGAAAAGGUAACGGUGCAGGCUUUGAAAAUGGAUCUGGUAAUGUGAAGAAGGAUAGGUUAUAUCUGGUAAUGCUCCUAAACUCCGAGAUGUUUGAGAAAGUUACUUUCAUCCAAAUGAGAAAAAGAAAGCAAGCAGCAUAGUUGUCAAAAUAACAAGAGGAAAAAAAAACCCAAACCACCCAAGUGUGAACAGUAAUCGACCAUUUGACAAACCAUGUGAAGAUAAAGCACUCUGUGGUCUGAUUCUGCCUCUGCUCUCAGCUGAGUUCAGAGUUGACAGCAUCCUGCUCCUUUCAAAACCAAGCUCAAGUGCAGGGUAGCAUGGCUGCAUCCAUCUGUGCUGCUCAGGUGAGGCUGGGUCCACACGUACUGGCCUGCAGUGUGUCCUUGUGUCCCUCUUCCGCUCAUCCCAUCUCAGCGGGAAGCUGAAGGCAGAACAGAUGCACAAGGAGCUUGGAACUUUGGCCCCAAGAGAGCCUCUGGGUUAGAGAGCUCAACCUGAGACAUGCUGGUUUGGGGCCAAACCUGUCUUAAAGUUAACGGAGGGUUUUGAAAACAAAGAUUGUAAGCUCCAAGGUCUUGGUGGGCCCUGGACCAGCAGGUUGGCUCCUUGGAAAAGUCAGAAGAAAGUUACUGCAAAGCACUUUCUCUGGUUUUCAAGGUGGUUUCUGGCUGGCUGCCUGCUGCCCAGGCAUGGGACAAACCUGUCCGUGACCCAGGAGAUAUCUGCCAUCUCUGCUGCCUCCGUUAACAUGUUUCUCUGAGACUAUCUGCUGCUUCGUGUAUGAUAACUGGGUUUCAAAUACAUGAAUGUUUCUAGGUUUUAAGACGUGGUUUAAUAAAAAGAGAUGUUUCUGGGAAA